AUCCAAUCUCCCAGAAUGCAUUGGCACCAGACCAUGCUUCCUUUCAUCAUUCCCCGCCAUUGGUGAAACGUAGUGAAAGUAGUGAAGAUGUCUCGCUACUCGAGGCCGCCAAAUACAUCACUUUUUAUUCGGAAUGUCCAUCCAGAUACGAGGCCUGAAGAUCUAAGGCGCAUAUUUGGAAAGUAUGGCCCAGUUCGUGAUAUCUACGUUCCGUUGGAUUACUACACAAGAGAGCCAAGGGGCUUUGCAUAUGUCCAAUUUGAGGAUAUUCGUGAUGCUGAAGAUGCCCUGUAUUAUGAAGACAGGGCUAGGUGCCUUGGGCGAGAACUGGAAGUUCAAUAUGCAGAAGGAGAUAGAAAGAAUGCAUCCCAAAUGAGUUCAAAGGAAAAAAGAGGAUAUUAUGGAAGACCACAUCAAGAAAGGGGCCACUAUGGCCGCCGAAGAUCAAGAAGCAGAAGCCCAAGGCGGCGUCGAAGAUCCAGAUCUCGAUCACAGUCCAAUUCACGGAGGCAGCGGUACAGAAGCAGAUCUCAGUCCAGGUCUCGAAGCAGAUCUAGAGAGAGAACUCGCUCUUCUCCUAGGAGACGAAAUGAUUCUGAAAGAAAAGGCUCACAGUCACCAUCACGCUCCAGGUCAAAAUCCCGGUCAAAGUCAAGGUCUCGAUCACGUACACCCUCACGAUCAAGGUCUCAGUCACCUGCAAGUGAAAAAGAUGGCUCUCCCCGAGAUGAUGAAAAUGGUGACUACAGAGAGGAAGAUGCACUAUAGAUAGAAAGAAGUAGAUUUUUGCUCUAACAAAGUUUAAAGCUGUCAUGUAUAUAUAGACACUAAAUCCAAACUUUAAGUAAAGCUGUUGAAAGAAGGAAAAUAUAUAUACAGUUUGGAAGCCAGUGCCUGAUCACUCAUCCGUGACUCUAUAAAAGACUCUAAGUGCAAUUGUAGAAGUAUUGAUUUAGGAGAAAGACUUCAUUGUACCAAGAUUUUAGCAGCCAUGAAAGAAGAUAGUAAAAAGGCAAAUCUCUAGCACCACUGGAAACAUUUGUCUGUUUCAAAUCCAUCCAGAAGUUUGUGUUCCCUGGUGCUGGUGACUUUCCUUUUUUCAAUAAGACAACACGGUUAUAGGCAUUUUGUUAAGUUUUUAAGAUUAUGUUUUGUUGCAUGCAGCAAUGUAUCAGGUCUUGGAAUCAGUUAUUGUACUGCUAAUUUUUAACAUUAAUACUGUAAUUUUUCCAAAGA